AUGGGCAGUUGCAAUCAAGGUAAAUUCAUAUCAUUAGACGAGAAUCUUGAUCUGGACAGUGGCCACGCACUGAAGAAACGAAAUCCCAAGCUGAAAGUAUUGGCAGUUGUGGGUGGAUGGAACGAAGGCUCCACCAAGUACUCGAAAAUGGCAGCUGAUCCAGUUAAGCGUUCGAGAUUUAUUUCCUCUGCAUUGGCAUUCAUCCGUAAACAUGACUUUGAUGGACUUGACUUGGACUGGGAAUAUCCUGGACAGCGCGGUGGAAGCUCUGCAGAUCGGGCGAACUUCGUUACUCUUCUGCGGGAAAUUAAAGAAGCAUUCGAAGAUUACGAUUUGGAGCUGAGCAUUGCCGUCGGUGCGUCUCAGCAGGUAGCUGAAAUUUCAUAUGAUAUUCCGGCUAUUUCGGAGCACGUAACCUAUAUUAAUAUAAUGGCAUAUGAUUACCAUAGUUAUAAAGAUGGCUAUUUGGGACUCAACGCGCCAAUGGCAGAGGUGAAAAAAACCAUCAAUUACUGGUUGAAUCAAGGCGCAUGGGCUGAUAAGCUAAUUCUCGGAAUUCCAUUCUAUGGCCAAAGCUAUACGAUGAAGAGAAAAAGCCAAAACGAACCGGGCGAUAGAUGCAUUGGGCCAGGAGAUGCCGGACCUUUUACCUGCCAAGAGGGUUUCUUAAGCUAUAACGAAAUACUUGAUCAAGAUUGGGAAGUUAGGGAGCUCACGUCGGCAUACGUAACCUGGGAUGAUCAGUGGGUUGGAUUCGAUAGCAAGCGCGUUGUCAAGAGUAAGAUGGAAUUUGUGAAGUCAAAAAAUUUGGGAGGCGCUAUGGCCUGGUCUAUCGAUACUGAUUAUAACAAUAGAUUAUUGAGAGUCAUGAACGACGGUCUACAAUCUUCUGAAAGUAGUGGUUGUGAAAUCGGAUGAAGUCGGACAGACCGAAGGAGGUGUGACCAACAUCAUCAAAUUGACCAGGAUCCACAGCCGAGUGUAUCUCGGUCAGGUCAAUUUGGGACGCACGAGUCUAGAGACUUUUACAAUCACAUCCCUCAUUCAGGUCAAGUUUUUGUCAAAUAAUCAAUAAAUUUUAUCAUU